AGGGCAACAAUCGCUUAAUUAACUGUCAGUUGUUAUACGUAAUUUUAUUUUUCUUUGCAGCCUGUUAAAUUCACUUUCAUUCACCUGUUCAUUCAUUCAUUUAAGCAUUGUCAUCUUCUUGUAUACAUUGUUCGCGAUUGUCUUGUGGAUUGGCGUUGUAGGGUGAGCGAAUAUUUUUGGAAGUUGCAGAACGAGUUUUCGGGGAGUGGUAGCUGCGUACGCAUGUGCAUUACCUUGUAUAAAAAAGAUGAACACAAAUUGAUUUCAUAUAUCUAGAAAACUCUUUGCCUGACGGUAAUAUUAGGGGUGGUUAUAUCACUGGGAUACCCAGCUGUAUAACUUUGUAAUUUUCUUUACGGAAAAGUAAAAGAUAUACAACUGUUUUUCUUCUUGGUGCAGUAAAUCAACGAUAAAGAUGGUUUCUGCAGCGAGAAUAACGGGGAUCUUCGUUUUGUUUUUCAUCACCUUCCUGAUUGGACUCUUUCCGUUUGCAUUGUUAAGAGUGUUCGAAAAGAAAUUGUCAAGAGAGAGCGUAAAGAAAUGGAUUGGAAUUCUGAACUGCCUAACCGGUGGAAUCUUUCUGGGAACGGCCAUUUUGCAUUUGCUGCCCGAGGUUAGAGAGCUGCUGACGGAUUCUAUCUCAUACGAUUAUCCAGUCACAGAAGCCAUUACCGGAUGUGGUGUUUUGAUGACGCUCACACUAGAGCAUCUCGUUUUAUAUUAUGGCUCUGAAAAUUUACAUCACAUUCAUGAUACAGGCCAUGGAAGUAAAAUAGAACCACAAGAGGAUACCACGAAGAAUUCAAAUAUUGAAAAUUCAGAGAAAGAAAUCGGUAUUGAGAGUAAUUCUGGAAAUCUUGGAGACAAUGUGGAAGUGGAAGAGCCUCAUUUCAGAUUUUUGGCCUUUCGUUCGUUUCUUCUGCUUUUGGCCUUGUCGUUUCACAUGAUAUUUGAGGGUUUAGCCGUCGGUCUGCAAACAGAGGAAGAGGAUGCUUGGCUUCUGUUAGGGGUUAUCUCUCUUCACAAGGUCGCAGUGUCCUUCAGUGUGGGGUUUAAGUUGGAAGAAAAUCUAAGAAAGUUUAAAUUUGUACUUUUGUCGUUGUUUGUGUUGUCUAUUGUCUCGCCGAUCGGAGUCGUCAUUGGAUAUAUUGUGACGGAAGCUGGUGAGGAUGCGCAUGGGCAGGACAUUGCUUCCGGAAUCUUACAGAGCCUAUCUGUUGGCUGUUUUCUCUAUGUUACUUUCUUUGAAAUUCUUUGUCAUGAAAUACACACUACUAAAGAGAGAAGUCAUUGGAAGGUCUUGUUCACAAUCAUUGGUUUUGCAAUUGUUGUUGGCAUUCAGUUUGUCAAACAUGAUCAUGAUGAUCAUGACCAUUAGUUGAUGUUUACUAACUACAGUAUCAAUUGCACUUCUUGGUUUGCUCUUUUUUCCGCCCACUAUAAUUUGGUUUUUGAAAUAAAAUUUUACAAAUUUUGCAAGUUACGUUUUAUCUCUUUUAAGGUGGAUUGAUCCUCGUGUGAUUUAUCAAUAUUAAUAGUUGAAAGUGGAAAAACCGUAUUAAUUUCCACUCAGUAUAGUUAGAUUUAAUUAAUAACCAAAUAAAAUGUGUAUGUUUCCACAUUUAUAAAGCUGUCAGGCAUACAAAAACAGAAGUAUAUGUUAACAUAAAAAAAUCACACAUUUUCGUUAUAAAGAAUAUUUAUUAUAGAUAAAAACUUGUUGAAAUGACAAAUUUUAAAUGUCAACAGUUUAAAAAAAACCUGCUAAUUCAUAUAUAUGUAUAAACUAUUUUUGUGGAUAUUGAGGAAAUCAUGUAUAAUAAACAUGCAGUAAAAGAAAUACCAGCAUAGGAGUUAUUGCCCUUGACAACAUUUUUUAAAUCAUAGAUACUUGAUUAUCUAUGGAAAAUAUAAACUUUUUCAGUAUCAAUAGUUUACCAGAUUUUUUAUUUUAUGCAGUGAAUAGAAUUCCUCUGAAUGAUGUAUUUCUAAUAUGCGCAAAUUUUAAUUUAAUAAUGAUUUUAGCAAAAACCUAUGACAUCACAUGAGGAUCGAUCAACCUUAAGGUAUCCAAUCCAUAAAAGCAUUUAUUUUUACAAAAAGUCAAUAUCUGUAGCACUAAAUCUUUUGUGAAAACAAAAUGCCCGAUUUUUAGUGAGAUAAAGAUGGCAGAGACUAGAUGAUGCCACAUCUAUUUAUAGUGAAUUAGAUUUUUUGUCAGAGUUAUCCUUCCUUGUAGAAAUGUAGAAAAAAUUAAAUAUUUUCAUAAUUUAUAUGGUGAACUUUACUUUUCUUCACAUAUUUUGAAAGACCAAGGUAAUAGGAAUCUUUUCACCACGAGCUUUCUUUGGAAAUUAUAUUCUAAAUGACUUUAUAUGUCAGAAAUGUGUUUUUCACAUAGGGAUUAAUGUUAAUCUCUAUGACAGAUAUUUCUUAUAUGUCUUGUCAAUUUUGAAAAUUCUUCUGGUGAAUCACUGUGUAUGUUAAUUAUCUUUCAUUUGAUACCAAGUUUUGUAUUAUAUAAUUAAUUAUUGGGAGGUGGAGGUUUUAUGGAUCGGAUACCUUAAUUGUAACAGGAUUUUCAACCAGAAAAUUUCAUAUAACGUUUACCUUAUUGCUGGGUAAUGCGCCUCUUCAUAUUCUAAGUUAAGUUUGUACAGUGUUAUAUGAACUAUCUUUGUCAGUGUCUCAGUAUUCUCUAGACGUCUCCUUAUGAGUGAAAUAUUCUCAAGAGGGACGUUAAACAAUAUUCAUUCAUUCAGUAUUCUCUAUGUUUACAGACUUCUGAAUUGUUGUUGCCUGAUAAUGAAUUUAGAUACAGCAACUAAGUUGAUAAAAUAUAAAUACUUUUAAAAUAAACACUUUUGUAUUUGUGCGGAAAUGUUCCAGUCUUAAAAUGUAAAUGAAG